AUGAUUUUUGUAGCAAGAUCUUUGGUUUUAGUUUUUGUGUUUUUGGCUUUAAUACAGAGCAUCUCAAGUCAUUGGUUCGGACGACCGAUAUUCUAUCCCGGAUAUGGCGGAUAUCCAUAUCCCCCUCCACCUUUUGGGUAUGGGGGUUACCCGUACCCGCGGCUGUAUGGAUAUCCACCGCCGUUACCUCCACCUCCGCCUCCACCUCCGAUCUUUUUUGGAUGA